UCCAAGAUGGCGCUGUGUCAUUACCCGUGUCCCGAGGAGAUAGACGUCUUUACUGGGCCUCACUUGCGAAUGAAGCAGCUGGUGUAUGAAGCACUGGAGAAGGUUGGUGUCUUUAUUAUUCACGAAGUGUUUUUAUUUCGAAAUCUUGCUGUGUUUUAAAGGUACCAGCUGAAACAUUGGUCAUGUAUUUGAAUUUCUUCUUAUCUACCAUUGAAUCUCAGAAGACAUUGUCGACACAAAAUUUUAAAUAUUGUCAACUUGUUCCUGAUGUAUUGGCGUUUAUUGUCACGGUGGAACACACUUUCAAACAUGUUUAGCUGUUAAACUUCCAGAUGAAUUCAGAAUAAGGCUUAAAAUGCGUUCAAAAGUAAAAUAUUUUACUUUCCACGUACAUGCACGUUGUUGAAACAUUGCAAGAUAUUACAUAAUUCCUUUCUAUCAGCAGUGUAAUUUCCCUCACUUGUUCUCACCCAAUUGUCUUUUAAUUACUAGAAACGUUUUUACCGACAAAAGUAGGAUUUCUGUAUUUUCGUACAAACUUUAGGUCGACAUUUAAUAGAAGAACUGAAAUAUGCAAUCUCAUUUUUCGACUCACACGUGCUGAAUUACUGUUAAUGUCAGCGUAUCUAGCAUUUAAGUACUGAGUCACUAUUACCUGUUUUUCUCAUUAAAAUAACACUGCUAAUUUAAGGUCACUAGAAUUAACUGCCACAACUAGAAAAAGUUUUCGAUGUCUUGAACAAAUUCUCCCCAUCACUACCACAGGAAAUGUAUGGGAAGAGUUUGGAGAAUUUGCAAACUGAUAUUAGGGUUUUAAAAGUGUGCAAGCAAAAGGCAGUCAUAUUUUUCUUUAUGAGAAUUUGUAUCACCUUUGUGGCUGCAGGGCUCAAAAUAGCAACCAGUUAACUGACAAUGUUCAGCCAAGAUGACCGUUUUCUGGAUGAACUUUCAGUUGGCCGGUCAUUUUGACUGGUCAAGUGCGUGGCUUUCAAACUAAAUACAUUACUGGAAAAAUAAAUUCAUUCACAUUAAUUCUAUAUAAAUUACAGAAACAGUUAAGUAUUAAAAUAUUCUAGCCGCCUGUAGUUAGAAAUAAUUGACCGGUCAGAAACCAGCCAUGACUGAGCUAAAACUUAUUUGGCCGAUCAACAUGAGUGGACAUGGUCCAAAAGUUAUUUAGAGCCCUGUGGAUGGCCAAAGAUUGUUACUUAUUUUGUUUUGGUGGCUAAAGGUACUAUAUACUCGUUUUUACUGUCAUGCCAUCAAAAGUAAAAAUCCAUCAAAUAAAUCCAUCAAAUAGAUGAAAUCCAGAAUCUGGGAAAUGAAUGAAAGUAAAUAUGCAAAGAUCAUUACCAAGAUGCAGGUCGGUGCAAUUUUUCACAUCCAAGAUAUUCAGAGAAAUGUCUUACCUAAAUUUACAGAGCUUUGUGUGGAGAUGCCAUGUUGCCCUCAGUCUGAGAGGAACCAAUAUGGCAGCAAGAAACCAACAGAAACAUCUGUUACCGAGUUUUGCUAUGAAAGUAUGAAUUCAUUCUUUGAGGAGGGCAUAAGAAUCAAUUUUAAUUGAUGCUUUUUCUAAUACAAGGACUGUUAAGGUUGCAAACCCCAAAGUACAUGUAAGUCAGUGUUUCAACCAAAUGCCACGUCAUGCAAAAGGUUAGAAAUUCAAUUGUACUGACUAUCACAAAAUGAAGACCCCUUUCAAAGUUAGAACUAUAGAGUAAAGUUUUUAGCUGCUCAGAAGGAUCAUUAAUUCUUUAGUUUUAAUUUUGAUGACGCCAUCUGAAAAACAGCAACUGCUUAACUAACACAUCCUGUUUACAAAUUCUAGCUCUCAGUGACAAACUUCAAAGAUGAUGUUUCUCUGUUAAGACUUCUGGGUUGCAUAAAUUCGACCUUCCAAGAACUUAAACACCAUGAGGAGAUUGAGAAUACCUGCAUUAUGGAGGAACUUCAGCAUCGUCUUAUUAAUCAGCAAUUACUUGCUGUUGUUAAUGAUGUACACAAGGACAGGCAUGUAUUGCAGAUUUUAUCAUUAGCAAGGAAGGGAAUGAAAAGUGCGUCAAAAAAUGGAACUUGUUUGAACAGGAAUACGUUUGAGGAUAGGCUCAGGGAAGCUCUGCAAUCCUUUAAACGAGAUUUUCUUCCACAUAUGAGGCACGAGGAAGAGGUAAACACCUGUGAUUUAACUCAUUUAUUUUUAGGGUCGAUGUGUAAGUUUUUGUCACUGCCAAAUUUGAAUCAUGUCAAGAUCUGAAAAUGCAGGACAUAAAAUAAACUUUUUUCCAGGAGUCACUCAGGAGGUCUUUAUAUUUUUCCAAAGUGACGUAAGCUUAGAUCUAUUUAGCAUUAUGUUUUGUUAAUUAAUGUAGUUCUUAUUAAUGAUGGAUGUCAUUUGUGAGCAAUAGUGGUGAGUGGAAUUGUUCCAUAUUGCAUAAUUCUUAAAGUCCUGUAAGUGGAAGGAGGUAAAGAAUGGCCGUGGAGGUGAAUUUGGGACUAUCAAGACAGCAGUCAAGAAAGAAGUCAUACGAUAUGUUUCUUUAGGAUGUUAGAUUUUUGACCUUUGCAGGCUUGCAAAUAAUUUUUCCUUGUACAGAUGACAUAAUUAUGUCCAACCAGUUAAGUCCAUCAAACCAGAAGAGAUGUCACAUACUCAUCAUGUUGACUGUAUAAUUUGGUUUUAAUUUAUUAAUAUGCAAAUUGCAUUGUCAGUUACAUAAUGGUAGUGUAGUCAGGUCAACCUCUAUUUAGCGGCCUUACCCUAUUAAGUGGCCAAUAAUCAAAGUCCAGAAUUAAUAAUUGUACAAAAGAACUGUAUUAUAUUGUAACAAGAAUGCUCUAUACAGCAGCAGUCGGUCUCGCUUGCUUGGAGAUUAGAUCAAGAAAUAAGGAAGCGAUAAAUUCUACACAAAAGAGGAUUUACUCGCUAAAGGUUUUUUACUUUCUACUUUAUUGACAUUGAUACUUUUUUAAAUAUUUGUUUCUGAAUUGAUUUAGUAUGUGUGUUAGUGACAACUGGAAAUAUGUCUACGGUCGCAGACUACAUGUGUUUAUAAAUACAUGAAAAUUCAAGGGCCAUGAUUCCAGAGAAAUUGCAUCAUUGCCAGAGAUCAAAAAAGUGAUUUACAUGACACGUCAUUUCAAUCAUCCCCGAAAAUAAAUGGCAUGCUCAUCACAAGAUCCAUUUGCAUACAAUGAAAGUUUCCAACUCCUGGCCAUCGCAGUUUUGCUAAUUAAGAUUCCUAUUUUUUUCCAGCCACUCGUUAGUGUUCACUUGUUGCAACUUAGUAAUCAAUGCUUUCAAGCGAUAAGAAUUCGUGGACCAACAUGUUUCAGAAAAGCUCUAAAUUUAAUCUUUCUUAAGCUUUCUUCUUAAAAUAUUUGUGGCUUUGAUCGUGCAUUGAUUCUUAGUCUCAGUUUCAACGGUCUCCGCAAGGAAGGCCUGGCACAAUGACCCCCCUUUUGUGCGUUAAAUCUUACAAAAAAAUUCGUUGCAGAUUAUGAGUCUGACUGUUUAUGCAUGCAAGACUAAUAAGUGAAACCUCUAGAUCCACUAGCAAUAACAUGUAUUGUUUUAUUUAUUGUGCUAGGUAUUUCAACCACUCCUUAUGGAGUAUUUCAGUUUUGAAGAGCUGAAAGAAAUCAAGGCAAAAGUGUUACAUCUCCAUUCUGUUUAUAUUAAUCUCAGCAAGGUAAGUUUUAACAUUUCAUUCUGUUGCCUGCAAUUAAUAAAGUGGAAAUAUACAUUAAGCGAUGAUUAUCCCUCAUGAUUCCUUAUUUUUGCUUCCAUUAUAAAAAUGGCUCUUUUUGUUAGAGGUCUAUUUACAGGUACAGUCGAACCUCUAUGUGCAACCACCUCUCAUAGGAAACCACCCCUCAUAAGCAACCACCCAACCAAAACACCAAAAUAUCCCCUGUCAAAUCCCAAUAAUCAGAACCUCUCAUGACUCUAAGUGACUGCAACCACUUUUUGGCCUUGUGGGUUUAUUAUAACCUCUUACAAGUAAGCUAACAAACACUUGACACCUGAUGUGGUCUCUGUUUGCUGUAUGUACAUGUACUAUCUCACUGCUUAGUGGUUAGAAUAACAAGAACUUUCAGUGACAACAUGGAGCAGCUCCUAUACUUAUGCAUAACUGAGGCCCUGCCAGGGUAAAUUCUGACAAGUGACUUGACCCAAAAAGUAGCAACAGAGCGUAAAAUGAAAUCAUGACAAGAUACAACCUCGCUCUGCCAAAUUGCAACAGUGAUAGCAAAGCCAAGAAUAAGCGACAAGGAAUGGUGGUUUGGCUAAUGUAUCACCUGUCCUGAAUGCAAAGAAAACGCAACUUUUGUCAAUUUUCCUUGCGCUUCAGAGAAUGUCUCUUGUCAGUGAGCUUCAGGGGACCCUCCUGAGCGCAUGUCACGUUACACUUUAUGAAGGGACCUUACAAAAACAUGACGGUGAAGGCAACGAGAACGUCUGAAAACUAAAAGGUUUAAUGAGGAAAACAACAAGUCUGCACGUGCAUCACGCUUUCUCAUACAUUUUGUUGCCGUCCCUACACAACUACGACACGAACUGACCAAAUUUUAAGUUUACUUCAGAAAGGCAAUGGCAAGCCGAUAAAUUCUACCAUCUCUGUCUGAACUUGGGCGCGGUCCCCUCUCUUCACCUCCAACCUGAAUUCCCUCUUUUUAAGUAACUGGGCGACUUGGGAUAAUUGCCAAAAAAAGUGAAAAGAUGCGAAGUCUAUUUUUCAGGAACAUUUUCAUGGACGUCGCCAUUGUCAAAUCGUUAUGCAAGCCCGCACGACUCCUGAGACACCUGGGAAUGAGGUUGUCCAUCACAUAGCUUAAUUUUAUGCACACUAUGCUUUGCUUGCCCCUGAACUUCUAGACCUUCUGACAUCCUUGUCAGGUAGAACCGUGAGAAGACCACUAUUGCUUAAUUUGUUGGCUCAUCAGGCUGGCGCUUUCCUCUGUAAGUGUAGUGUGAAGUGACUAGUUCGAAGAUACUACAUCUCCAUAAAUGAGAUGUUAGAAAAUCGCAAGGCUUUCAAUUCCUGGCCAGCAUUAUGAUCGUGCCCUUGUAGAACCAGACAUAUGCAAAACCUAUGCUCAUGCUAUUUGUUUACUAUGUUGGACUAUGUUUCAGCUAUGUUAUGUUCACUACUGUCUAUGUAUUAACUAUGUAACACACCAAACAACAUAGUCCAAAGUAUGCAAAAUCUAUGUUGAAACUAUGUUUAGGCUAUUUGAAAAGCACAUAGCUUUUGAAUACCUAUGCAAAUACUAUUCAAAAUCUUUUCAUAGUCUUUACAUAGCUAUGUAUUUACUAUGCAAUAGAAAGUUCUGCUUUUCCUUCCGAUUAGCAUCCUAUGUAUUCACUAUGCAUCAAAGCAAAAUAGUUUUUACAUAGCAUCUCGAUCUUCAUUUUUAUUUCCAACAAGUUUCUUAGCUUUUACAUAGUGCUAUGUAUAUUCUAUGCUAUGUGAUGAAACAUAUUUGCAGCCUAUGUAUUCACUAUGUGACAUUUUAAUUUACCUUUAUCAUGAGAUAAAGCUUACAUAGCUUUUACAUAGACGUAUUUUUCCUAGAUCACUAUAUCAAUAAUGUAGUCUAUGCGUUUCCUAUGUGAUAUUCCAACAUAGCUUUUAAGUGACUGACAUGUUGAUAAGCAUACUUCCAAAGUAAAAAGCAGUGUUUUAAACUAAAACACUGAAAAAUCAUGCACCAUAAUUCUUUUUGUGCUUGCAGAUAGUUUCUUAGUGAGAAGAUUUUUGUUAAGCAUUGAAUCGCUACAUCCAUCAUCCCUGUCUUAACUUUCCUUUCUAGCUUUUCCCUAGAGUUUCUUCACUUGAAAUGAUACUUCCAUGUAUCAUUUUCUUCUUUUAUAUUGGGUUCGAUCCUUCGUCUUGAUUGUGGACGUCUCCUGAAUAUAACUGCAUGGUCAAAACUGCGAAACGUUAGCUGCAGUCCUCGGUGUUUGUCAGCCAUUUUGUUUUCACUAGUUCCCAGGGAAGCCCGUGAGUUUAACACAUGCGUAUUGUGCGUUUUAUCGUCACGUGGGCCUUUUCAACCAAUGAAAAGGUGAGAAAAUUGUCUGUUUCCACGCGGGCGCUUUCAAGUCAAAGAAGACGAGCUGUAAGCGUGCAUUUUUACAAGAUGACGCUUCUUUUUACUUCAAUUUCCAGCCUUUUUCCUGCCAGGUUCAACAAAAAGUAUUCCUAACAUUGGUAAGUGAUAUUUUUCUCAAUUAAGUUUCGAUUUGCCUGUGUUGUCUCCCUUUUUCGAGUAUCUGAACAAGGAUCGGUCACCUUCGAUUGCGCUUUGAUACUCCUUCGUUUCAAUUCUAAAACGUCAGGUUGUUUUUAUGUUCAUUUGCCUUAAAAUCUCCACUUUUCUGUUAGCAGAUACUUAUUCGUUGCAGUCAAAAGGAAACUGUAUGGCACUGAAGAGCACGACAUCAGCAAAAAGUCUACACGAUAAGCAAAUUAGGCAAACUUUAACUUGGGGUUUCGAUUCUGAAACCUCCAUGAAAAUACUGCAUUUGUGCUACUAUUAGUGUUCGUGGUAUUAUAUUGCUAUAGUUUUUCAAUUUUUCGUUUCAAAACCUAUUUCAUACCAGUGUAAAAGGUAUUCUAAUUCAUAUGUUUAUACCAUUUUUACUAUUUUGGUGAUUUUUACGAGCAUAUUUCAAACACUACAUUUGCUUAAGCAGAUCGAAACCUACAUACAUAAGAGACUAUGUCAAUUCUAUGUAAUUUCUGUUUGAACUCUAGUUAAAGCCUGUGUAUGUGAUAUGUUUUACCUAUUCAAAUACUAUUAAAAUCCUAUUUCAAACCUAUGCAAAAACUAUUUGUUCUGUGUUUUCCCUAUUUUAAUGCUAUGCAAAGUAUAUGUCACCUUUAAAAAGGCUAUGCUUUUCAUAUGUUUUUACUAUUUCUAGGCUAUCUAAAUUCUAAGCAAACCCUAUUCAAAAGCUAUUUAAUCAACUGUUCCCUGUUCCGUUUUACUAUGUAAACUCUAUUUCAGUCCUAUGUGAAGGCUAUUUAUUUUCUAUGAUUUUUCUAUGAGGAUGACUAUGAAGUCUAAAAUCUCUUUCCACAAGCUAAGUAAACUGUAUGUAUAGGCUAUGUGGAAACUAUGUCAUUUCUUCCUUUAUUCCUACCUUUAAAAACUACAUAGCUUUUAAGUAGGUUCCGUUUGACUAGCGAAAACAUAGCAUUUUCGAUACAAAAAACAUAGUCCUGGCAUAGAAACAACAUAGGAUCUGGUUAAAGCAAUGUAUGACUGAUUGACAUAGGUUUUACAUAGCUUUGUGACAUAGCAUUUGCAUAGAUUCUACAUAGUGUCUGAUUCUACAAGGGUGGUACCCACUAUGGGUGAAGAGAGACAAUGUGAUCCAGACUUAAGGUUCUUGUUUAAAUGUAAGCAAUACGACAGUGAUGACGGUGGACAGACCAGGGAUCAGGUACAUAUAACCUUACCACAGACCUUCUAACUGCUCUCACAGAGUAGACCACCAUGCCUUCACGAUUUCUCAGGUCAGUUAGUCUUAAAAUGUUGAUCGUGGAUCACUUAAAAUUUUGUGAAUGGCAAGGUUUUUCUGAUCAACACAUGAAAUUUCAACUGAGAAAUUUCAGAACUGUAAUGGUUUCUUUACAAUGCAUCGCUAUGCCCCUUUUUUACAAGGUCCUAAAAUUCCGACAAAGACAAAGAAUUUUCGUUCAAUUUCUGACAGCGUCAUGAAGCAUUUAGAAACACUGACACAAGACAUUUUAAAAUUCACGCGAGCAACAUGGGACCCCUCCCUAGCAGGGCCUCAGAACUUAAAUAUUGCAUGUAAUAAAUCAUCUUCCAAAAUUGGUUGGUUGAGAUCUCUACUCAGAAGAGACCCCCUGUUUGUUGCUUCUCGUAUAAGCAACCACUAAAUCUUCUCAUUUUGAGUGGUCGCUUAUGGGAGGUUUGAUCGGAUUAUUAUAAACCUGCUAUUUACAGCUCACAUUCCCCUCACAAUCAAAUUCUUUUUCUUUUUCAGCACUGCAAGGUUGAAAGCACAGACUCUCCAGAAAAAGACAGUAUUCAAAUUGAUAGUUCAUCUGAACAUGAGUCUGAUCAAGACAUUGAUUUUGAAAAAUCUGCUGCAGUAAGGACUAAAAAUUCAAGUCUCAGAGCUCAUUGCUCAAAAGAAAGGACUUCAGCAUCAAAUUUAGAUGCAUCAACUCAUGACAUUUUUGCAAAUUUUACAUUGACUGAAAGGAGUGUGGUAAAUAAGACUUCAACCUCUGAAAGUGAUGUUGGCACGGAACAAAAGCAAUCUUUGCUUCUGCUCUUUCCUUCUGAAAUCACACUUAAAAUAUUCUCUUACUUGGGACCCAAAGACUUAUGCCGAUGUGCCCAGGUUUGUCGCCUUUGGUCACAAUCUGCAAGAGAUGGCGAGUUGUGGCGAGAGCUUUACCCUGUGCGCUGGAUUUUCAGGAAGGAUUGGCGGUUUGGUGCAGAUGUUGAUGAUAUGUGCUCAUGUAACUGUGAUUCUGAGAUUCAGAGUUUUGAGUCUGGAUCUAUGAACAGGUAA